AUGGUAUUGAACCCGGUUGGCUCUCUACGACGCCGACCCGGUUUGGUCGGUCUCCUUAUUGCCGUGCCAUGCAUCAUCGUACUUUUGUCUUCUUCUCCGGAUAUGACGUCAGAAAACGCAUUGGCCGAAAGGUUGGCAGAUCUUCAAAUGAAACUACAGCAUUUGAAUUCCAUGCACCGAGCGAGAAGAGAAGAAGUACAGAUAUUAACCCAUCAUUUAGCACAAUUUCUCGUGAACGCUCAAGCUGACAACGUGACGAUGAAAACAUUGGAAACGGCUUUGAGUCCGGAAGUUCGAGUCCUUUUGAAAAACGUCACGGGACUUCAGGGAAACGGUGAACUUCUCAGAUUGCCUUCCAUCUAUCAUUUUCUUCCACACCUUUUGGAAAGUCCUUCUAGUCUUCGUUUGGGAUUUCAAAUGUCGAAAGGUCGAAGCGGGGUGUCCAUCGUUCUCGGGAUACCAUCGGCGAAAAGAGAAUUUCAAAGUUACUUGGUGGGAACUCUUAGAAAUCUCAUUGACAGCAUGAACGAAUACGAAAGGAACGAUACUCUUAUUGUCGUUCUCAUCGCGGAAACCGACAUGGAUUACGUCGUUCAUUUAGCACAUCAAAUAGAAAUCGAAUUUUCUGAACAUUUGAACUCGGGUUUGAUCGACGUGAUAGCUCCACACUCGUCUUAUUAUCCAGAUUUGAACAAUUUAAAAGUCACGCUGGGUGAUUCGCAGGAACGAGUCAAAUGGCGUUCGAAGCAAAAUUUAGAUUUUGCACUAUUAAUGAUGUACUGUCAAUCAAAAGCGACUUUUUACGUUCAAUUAGAGGAUGAUAUAUUGGCUAAAAAAAAUUUCAUAACGAAAAUGAAAACGUUCGCAUUGAGAAAGGUGGCCGUUAAGGAUCCCUGGUUCGUUCUCGCUUUUUGCCAGCUCGGAUUUAUCGGUAAAAUGUUCAAAUGCGUCGAAUUACCGACGGUCAUACAAUUUUUUUUAAUGUUUUUCAACGAUAAACCCGUGGAUUGGCUUUUGGAAGAUUUGCUCACUACUAGAGUUUGCCGCAAGGAUUUACCCGCGAAAGAUUGCAAAGCCGUGAAAACUCAUUUGUGGGUCACGUACAGGCCGUCACUGUUCCAGCACAUAGGAACUCAUUCGUCCCUUAAGGGAAAACUACAAAAGCUUAAGGAUAAGCAAUUUGGAAAAAUAUUAUUGUUUCAUCCUCACGUGAAUCCUCCGGCGAAAGUAGUGUCGGAUAUAAAACCCUACAAGGAAUAUUCGUUCGAAAGAGCCUACAAUGGAGAAACUUAUUUUUGGGGUUUGAAACCUUUUGCCGGUGAUAAGUUAACCAUUAAUUUUUUAACCGCGACACUAGUGAAUAAAUACCUUUUCCGGAGUGGUAACAUCGAACAUCCGGACGAUAAGUUUUUAAACACGACCGUCGAAGCUUUGCCGGCGGAUUCUGCGAAAAUGAACGCGACCAACGAUGGUUACGUCGUAGUCGGAGAAUUCGAUGCGAGCGGAAUAGCCAAAGGCCAGAUAGAUAUCGGACCCAUAAAAAUGUUGAGACUGAACGUACACAGCGACAUGGACAAUUGGGUCAUUUUGAGCGAGAUUUCAAUAGAAAAAUCUAAAACGAGGUGA